CGCUAUUGGCGCACAUGUGGCGAUGUCGGAGACCGGCGAGAAGCUGAGUAAAAGGAUAAGAAAAUGAGAUCCUAGAUGUUUAAAAGUCAAGUAGGCAUAUUGAAAAAUGAAUGGUCUUCAAAAGAUUUCAUUUUGUGUCCUUCGGACCUUGAGGGCCUCAGAGAGGGUGUACAAAUUCCACUCCAUGGACAGCAGAACUCUGUUCAGCAGAGAUUCUACCAAAUAUUUUCACACUUCUAUAGGCUUGCAUCUCUCAAGUGAGCAGAAGAGGAGGCUAAAAGCCGAGAAGAAGGCUAAAGAGAAGGCAGAGAAGCUAGCUAACCAGCCCCCACCUCCAACCAAAGCCAAAGCUGAUUCUGACAAGACCAAGCCACAAGAUGAGGAGGAGAUUGGUGAUCUGGAAUAUUUUGCUCUGAGAUCCAAGGCUGUAGCAGACCUGAAAUCUAAGGGGAACAACCCAUACCCUCACAAAUUCAAUGUGGAAGUAUCAUUGACGGAGUUCAUACACAGAUACAAUGAUUGUGAAGCAGGGACUGUGAUGGAGGAAGAAGUCAGCGUCGCAGGCAGAAUACAUGCCAAGAGAGAGUCCGGCCCCAAGCUUUUAUUUUACGACCUCAGAGGGGAGGGGGUCAAAAUUCAAAUUAUGGCCAACGCCAAAUAUUACCCAACAGAGGAGGAAUUCUUUGAAGCCAAUGAUAAAGUAAAGAGAGGGGAUAUAGUGGGUGUGAGGGGAAAACCAGGUAAAACAAAGAAAGGAGAACUUAGUAUAAUUCCGACAGAAAUUGUUCUGCUGUCCCCCUGUCUCCACCAGCUUCCCCAUUUAUACUAUGGAGUCAGGGACAAGGAAACCAGAUUUCGCCAGAGGUAUCUAGAUCUUAUCAUUAAUGAGCCAGUGCGACAAAAAUUCAUUGUUAGAGCAAAAAUUAUCAACUAUGUGAGAAAAUUCUUGGAUGAAAUGGGAUUUUUGGAGGUGGAGACCCCUCUGAUGAACAUGAUUCCAGGAGGGGCCACGGCUAAACCCUUCAUCACCCACCACAAUGAACUAAACAUGGACCUCUACAUGCGAGUAGCCCCAGAACUCUACCUCAAAAUGUUGGUAGUUGGUGGUAUUGACAGAGUUUAUGAGAUUGGACGACAGUUCAGAAAUGAAGGAAUUGACUUGACCCACAAUCCAGAGUUCACGACCUGUGAAUUUUAUAUGGCGUAUGCUGAUUACGACGAUCUGAUGAAGAUCACAGAAUCCCUUGUUUCAGGAAUGGUAAAACAUAUCACAGGGGGGUACAAGGUGACGUAUCACCCCAAAGAGCCAGAGGGAGAGGAGUGGGUGGUAGACUUUACCCCGCCCUUCAAACGCAUCAGUAUGCUGAAGGGUCUAGAGGACCGCUUAGGGGUCAAAUUCCCAGACACCAAGGAAUUUGAAUCUGAAGGCACUCGUAAAUUUUUGGAUGACCUUUGUAUCAAGCAUGAGGUGGAAUGUAAACCUCCCAGGACAGCAGCUCGACUCCUGGACAAGCUUGUAGGAGAAUUCAUUGAAGAAGAAUGUGUAAACCCCACAUACAUCAUUGAUCAUCCCCAAGUCAUGAGUCCCUUGGCAAAAUGGCAUAGAUCUAUACCUGGAUUGACAGAGAGAUUUGAGCUGUUUGUGUGUAAGAAGGAGAUUUGUAAUGCCUACACUGAGUUAAAUGACCCAGUGGUUCAGCGGGAGAGAUUUGAACAACAGGCAAAGGACAAAGCAGCAGGAGAUGACGAGGCAAUGUUUGUAGAUGAUAACUUCUGUACGUCACUGGAGUAUGGCCUGCCCCCCACAGCAGGAUGGGGGAUGGGGAUAGACAGACUGACCAUGUUCCUCACGGAUUCUUACAGCAUAAAGGAGGUGCUGCUAUUCCCUGCCAUGAAACCCGACAUCACCAAAAAAUCGGGAGACGAUCAGGACAAACAGAACCCAGGGCCUACAAGCUGACCAGGCUAAAAAUAGAACAGACUCAGCGGGGAAAUCUGUCCCCAAAGACUUGACAGUUUUAUCUAUUUAUUUGUGUCAUUGCACUGUGCAGAUCUUUGGUGUACUUUGUUACAUAAAAAAACAGUUGUAAAGGACACAA